CGGCACAUGUUUACUGCACACAAAGUAAAUAUUCUUCAAUUCAAACACAGGCUCAAAGUACAGAUUCACACACACACACACACAGCAGGAUCUCAUUUCUCACGCAGGAGGUCCAGACUCGGUCAUCAUGAGGGCCGUCACGUCCGAAAGCGGCUCUGGAAACGAAUAUACAGACGAGUUAGAGAAUCCAGACGCCAGUGACGACACCGAGUUCUGGAGGAAAGACUCGUCUGUGCGCAGGAUCCUAGCAGCGCCCUCUGGCGGUCGCUGGCGGUGGCAGGUGUUUGCCGCGAUCAGUGUAACAGCUCUGAUUCUGCUGCUGCUGAUCAUCACAGUAUCUGUGAGCCAUGUGAAGUUUGACAGGAAGUUCUCAACUACAGAGAUGAACAUACAGAAUCUGACGCAAACGCUUGUGAGCGUCAUAACCAGAACACGUGACCUAGAGGAACAUGGACAUAAACUGCUUUUGGAGAUCAGUAAUCUGGAGUUUAACCAAGAGACGAUGCAAAGCAUGAUUAAUGAUAUGUCCAAUUCAGCGCAGGCACUCCGUGACAGAGUUUCAGAUCUGAAAUGCCAGAUUAACAAGAUAAGGAACAACAACACGCAGGAGCUGUGCUGUCCUGAUGGAUGGCUUCUCUUCUCCUCACACUGUUAUUUAUUCUCUGAUGACGGGAUGCCAUGGGAUGCGGCCAGAGACGAGUGUAAGAAGAAGAGAUCAGAGUUGCUCGUCUUAAAAAGCCAACAGGAGAAGAGUUUCGUGGUCAGUAAUACCAUGCCUCUGUACUACUGGUUGGGUUUGACUGACGGCCGCACCGGUGAGUGGGAGUGGCUGGAUGGGACGCCGUACACGAUCAUCAGGAGUGAAUGGAUGCCCGGUCAGCCGGAUGACUGGAAGGCUCACGGUUUGGGAGGUGGUGAAGACUGUGCUCACUUUCAUCACAAUGGACGCUAUAAUGAUGACCACUGCUCUCGCCGCUACCGCUACAUCUGCAAAGCUCACGCCUCCUCUAUCUGAGACCUUCAAAGCAUCGACACUUCACAACAAAACUACAUCCAACCAACAAACAACAUCAGUGUGAAUAUAAACACUAAUAAUGUUUAAUAUUUCAAGGUUUCUGAUUCUUAUAUUUACUGUAUAUAAGCAACAAAAACUAUUCAUUUAUGUUUCAUUUUUAUUUUCUAUUGAUUUUGGAGGCAUGGCAAGGUAUUUUAGUUUAGGCAUGUUUUAGUUUAGUUUCUCACAUUACUGUGCUACAAAAAAUGUUGCUCUGGAUGAAAACAACCGCUAAACGAAUAAAUCUAACACUGUAUUUUGAUGCUACUGCCAUGCUUAAAAAUGAACUUUAACUGAAAGUGUCCUUAACCUCACGACAUCCAAGAUGUAGAUGAGUUUGCUUCUUCAUCAGAUUUGGAGAAAUGGAUCCAUUGCAGUGAAUGGGUGCCGUGAAUGAGAGUCGAAAUAGCUGAUAAAAACAUCACAAUAAUCCGUUACUAUGGAUUAUAGACUAGCCAGAUGCAACGGUUUGAAGUUAAAAGCGACUUAAUGCUGGAUUAGUUUCAGCUUUUGUCUUCUCCAGAUGUUAACUGAUGGACUGGAGUGCUGUGGAUUAUUGUGAUGUUUUUAUCAGACUCUCAUUCUGACGGCACCCAUUCACUGCAGAGCAUCCAUUGCUGAGACACUGAUGCAGAGACACAUUUCUACAAACCUGAUGAAGAAACAAACUCAUCCUAAUCUUAACUUUCAGUUAAUAUUCAUUUUUGUGUUACAGUAAUGUUGUAAUAAUGUUACUGUAUACCAAUGUAGUAAUGCUGUACUAUGUUUAAAUCAUUUCUAAGAAUGCUGAUAAUCUAGUACUAUUGCAAUGUGAAUGUAAAGUGAAUAUACAAAUGAUACAUCAAAAUGUUUCACAGAUUACUGAGAAUUUGAAAA